AGUAGAAUUUCUCUAUAAAACCCUAUAUUCAUUUGCAAUGCUACCCAUUGAAAUGCACUCAGAAUUUUGGUGCUAUAUAAUAUUUUAAUUUUCAUGGCUACAAAAUGUUUCCCUUCCAUCAUUCAGGUCUCUCUUCUGUUUAUGUUAGCCGUUUGUAUUCCUUAUGUAUCAUGUGGCCUUCUUAACGAGGAACGCAUGUUGAAGAGGCACGAGGAUUGGAUGGCGCAACAUAAUCGCAUCUACAAAGACGCAGGAGAGAAGGAGAGACGCUAUAUGAUUUUCAAAGAGAAUGCUAAACGAAUUGACGCUUUCAAUAAUGGAGUUGAUAAAGGUUAUAAACUAGCUGUGAACAAAUUUGCUGACCUAACCAAAGAGGAGUUCCGCACAAGGUAUACUGGCCUUAGGAAAAUGCAACCUCCCACGUUGAAACGCAAACCAUUUAAAUAUUCGAACGUGACCGCCGUUCCACAAACCAUGGACUGGAGAAAGAAAGGUGCUGUCACCCCUGUUAAAGAUCAAGGCAGCUGUGGGUCUUGCUGGGCAUUUUCAACAGUGGCUGCUGUGGAAGGAAUUACCAAGAUCAAGACAGGAAAGUUGAUGUCAUUAUCAGUGCAAGAGCUUGUGGACUGUGACAAAGGAGGUAUAGAUACAGGUUGUGAUGGAGGUCUCCUAGACACAGCCUAUCAGUUCAUGCAAAAACACCAAGGCCUCACAUCUGAAGCUAAUUACCCAUAUGAAGCAGUAGAUGGUACUUGCAAAACUAAGACAGCCGCCGCCACCAUAACUGGGUACGAAGAUGUGCCAGUAAAUGAUGAGAAAUCUCUGUUGAAAGCUGUGGCCAACCAACCUGUUUCUGUCUGUGUUGACAGCGAUGGGUUCCAGGCCUACAGCCAUGGUAUAUAUAGUGGGGAUUGUGGAACAUAUCUAGAUCAUGCUGUUACAGUAGUCGGGUAUGGUAACUCUGAUGGGACUAAAUAUUGGCUGCUGAAAAAUUCGUGGGGCGAUGACUGGGGCGAAAAAGGAUAUAUCAGGAUUAAAAGAGAUGUUUCAGCUAAGCAGGGGCUUUGCGGCCUUACUAUGAAGGCUUCCUAUCCAACAGCUUGAAAGGAAAAAUAUGGUCUGGGCUAUACAAGUAUACAUAGAAUAGUUGUGUCCAAAAUAGGACUUCCAUAAUUAACAUAAAUAAGAUAAAAAUCAGGUGAAUAGCCUGCAACAGGCAGCAGUCCUGUAUUCGUGUACCCUAUACCUCCAAUCAUCUGUGAUUCGGCCAAUGAAGUAUAUGUAACACUGCACUUUUAUAUCUGUGAUUUGGCCAAUUAAGCAUAUGUAAUACUAUACUUUUACUUCUGGUUUUGCUUCUAUAUAA